UGUGUGUGUGUGUGUGUGUGAGUGUGUUUUCAAGUGGUGCCGAAACCCGGGAACGUGUGUGUGUGUUUUCAAGUGGUGCUAAAACCCGGGAACGUGUGUGUGUGUUUUCAAGUGGUGCCGAAACCCGGGAGUUGAGUGAGUGUGUUUAGAUAUUUUAGAUAGACGGCGCGAUACCGAGGGGACGGCGGUGCGCCUUUUUGACGCGAUACCGAGGGGACGGCGGGGCGCCACUUUUAUUUUUUGGCGUGUAAAACCCGAGGUGAUGGCGGGGCGCCACUUUUAUUUUUUCGGCGUGUAAAACCCAAGGUGAUGGCGGGGUGCCACUUUAUUUUCAGCGUGUAAACGCGAGGGGACGGCGGGGCGCUGACCAUGGAUUCUGUAAUUAAGGUAUUGUUGCAAUUCUGUAAAGAUUACUGUGGCAAGAAUAUGCCUUCUAAGAAAGAGAUCACUGUGGUACUCUCUCACUUAGAAAGGGAAGGAGAAAUAGAUACUCCCGGGGAUGUACUUAAUCAUCAGAAGUGGGAUUCUUUCACAUCUGCACUGGCGCGACAUACAAUGAGCGUUCAGAAGGCGGCAGAAUUAAAAACCUGGGGAUUGAUUUUAGGGGCUUUACGGGCAGCCAGGGAGGAGGGAAAAGCAGCUAUCGAGGUGCGAAAAUUGUUAGGGCUUGAUGAGGGAGCCCAGAGCACCUCUGGUGAGCCUGACGAUCCGGGGGUGGGAAAAAGGGAGGCGAAAUCUGGCGGGGGAGAUAUCGUUAUCAGGUGCUCGGCAGAGGAACAGGACACCGCGCCCACGAAGAUCGCACCCUCCGCGCCCCCUGCAAGCCCUUUACUGAACAAAGAGCAAGAUGGAGGUCCCCGGCAUCUGGGACGGGAUGAAACCCCACCGCCGUACCCGAGCCGGCAGCCAGAUCAACUUACAUAUCCUUCUCUGAAAAGGGUGGUAGUUAGCCCCGCUGGGGUAAAGUGUGGGUGCGGCAAACAAGAAUGCCAUUGCAAUCGGGUAACUGAUUGGUUGAGAGUAAGGGAGGAAGUUGAGGAUAAGGGUCUGUCGGUGGGGGCAUAUCCAGUGGUGGUGGGGGAUGAAGGCCCGACGUGGGUGCCUCUAGACCCGAAGGGCAUUACUCGCUUAUUAGAGGCAGUAGAGAAAAAGGGGCUGAGAUCACCACUGACGCUGAAUGCAUUGGAAGCACUGAUGGCCCCCGGACCUAUGCUUCCUUAUGAUAUAGUUAAUCUUAUGCGGAUGGCAGUUAAGCCGGUACAAUACACUCUCUGGAAGGAAGAGUGGACAUCCGAAUGUAGAAAGGUGGCAAUGUUAGCUGAAAGAGACCCGAAUCAUCCCGUGAAUGGCACGGAUGUGGCCAGGUUAACAGGAGCAGCUGUAAGGAUGGCUAAUCCCCAUGCCCAAAUAACUCAUUUGUGACCUGGGGAGCUGUUGGCAACUACAGAUGCCAUGAUCGAUGCAUUUAGGAAGCUCGCACAUAAUGCUGAACCCCCAACCCCUUGGACAGACAUUUGUCAGGGGCCCGCUGAAUCAUUUCAGGAGUUUGCCGAUUGGCUGAUAAGAGCAGUAGAAGGAUCUGAUUUGCCUAGAGCAGUCCAUAAUCCUGUUAUUAUGGACUGCUUGAAACAAAAGUCUCAUGAAGAUAUCAAAGCUUUACUACGCUCAGCCCCUGAUAAGCAGAACACGCCAGGAGAGAUUAUUAGAUAUGUUCUAGAUAAACAAAAGGCAGCCCCUGUCACUACUGAGGGGCUUGCAGCUGCAAUCCAGGAAGGUAUAGUCUCGGCCAUAUCGGUGGCGGGCCCGCAGGGAACGCCGCAGACAAGGGGCCCAUGUAGACACAUGUAGAGCCCCAAGGAGUGGUGGCCAGCGUGAUAAAGGAGUGACAUGUCAAUUGUGCGGCCGAAGCGGUCAUACCGCCCGACAAUGUUAUACGUACAAAAUGGGCGGAAAGGAAAGGGCUCAAAGGGAGUCGGGAAACGAGAGUGGGGAGGGCCGAGUGGCCCAGGGCUCCUCCCCCUCUCUCCCAACCGGACCAGCCGGACAGACCCCAUGCCCAGCCCCAUAUACACGCCCUCCGUGGCAUUAACUCUGAGCACCCAGGACCGCCCACUGGUUAAGAUUAUGAUCUCCUAUGUAGGAGAUUUUCCUACCAGUUAUGCAGGGCCGUGUUCUAUUUUAGUUACUGCGCUUAUCGAUACCGGGGCGGAUGUCACUAUCAUUACGAGCCAGGAGUGGCCGAAAGAGUGGCCGGUGGGCCCCUCUCAAUGAAUAGCAGGAGUAGGGGGGGUUCUUUCCGCUGAAAGGUCUCAGAAGGAGGUCGAGAUUACUGUCAUUAACCGGGAACGAGUGUGUGUGUUUUCAAGUGGUGCCAAAACCCGGGAACGUGUGAGUGAAUGUGUUUACAAGUGGUGCCGAAACCUGGGAACGAGUGCGUGUGUUUUCAAGUGGUGCCGAAACCCGGGAACGUGUGAGUGUGUUUUCAAGUGGUGCCGAAACCCAGGAAUGUGUGUGUGUGUUUUCAGUUAUGACAGAGUGAGGACAGUCGAAAUGCUUAAUGAUCCCUAAAUUCCCUUGCUGAAUGUGUUUGCAUAUUGGCCUCAGUAAUACAUAAUAAGAGAGACUGAUGAUUGAGAUCAUGCAUAUAUAUAUCAUAUAUAUAUAUAUAUAUAUCAUACAGAUAUUUUAAGUUAUUUGGGUGGCCACACCUAAUCUACUCAGCUAGGUUUCCCUAUAUUUAAAACAGUGCUGUCACUAUUUUUGUAUGUCUUAAACAGCUAAAAAAUCUAAUAUAGAUAAGAUUGAAGAGGUUACAAUAUCAUAUUUUUUUCUAGAAAGCCUGUUGAAUAGAGAAUUAAUUAUCACUAUAUGGUUUGAGCCAGUACAGGUGAAGUGUCUUGAUCUGACUACUGAAAAAGAUUACAUGUAUUUUCUAUGUAGAAAAUAUUUUAAUUCCAGUAACAUUCAUAUUUUAUAUUCAUAUUAAUUGUAUAUAUGAGAUUGGAAUAACAACAUUUUGGUCAGUAAGGAUGAUGCUAAAAUAACCAUUAUGAAUGUGGGGAAUGUGGAGUGAGUUCAUACAACAUGUGGUCAUUUUUGUAUGAAAAUCUGUUUAAAAUUUUCUCAUGGUUUUUCCCUCCCUUCUAACUUCUAGAAGUGCUGUUUCACUUAUAAAUCAUUCUUCAUCCUGUAUAUGCUAAGUGCCAUGUCCUACCAAUGAAGAAAGAUGAUCAGAUUUGCAAAUCCUCCCUGGUUCAAUUAAGAUCUGUAAUGAUUCUUCAAAUGAACAUCUGUAGAUGGCCAGGAUUCACAAGCUUCCAGUCUCUGUAAAGGUUGAUGGUAGAAGAUGCAGAGAUAUUGGUUCAGCAGUAUCUGCCAGGCUCUCUCAUUCUCCUCAAACAAGGCAUGACAUGGAAUCAUUCUAGAGGCAAGAUAAAAUGUGAAAUGCCUGCAUAUUUAGCUGGAGCUUAACUGGAGUCCUGGUAUGAGCCAGAUACAUGUUUUGCUGUCUAUAAAAAAUAAAAUUUUUAAAACUUCCUUCUUCUGCUGCUCUUCCACACUAAGAUUCCUACUUGAGUAGCUACACUGUAGUUCAGAGGAGGAUGUGUGUGCCAAAGAUAUUCCUUUGGUUUUAGCCUUUUUUUUUUUUUUAAUGUUCUGUGGAAUAUGCGUAUUCAAUCACUUCAAACUAAGAAAAUUGUAAGAUUUUUCAUGUGACCCCACCACUUCACUACUAUGCAAGACAGAUGAGUAGAAUUAUAGUAGAAUACCUUCAAGGGGAGGGUCAGGCAAGUCAUAUCCUGUAGGAAGAAUGUUAUUUAUCACUUGCUGCUAAUUGUCCUACAUCCCUACAGAUAAGGCAGAUAGCUACCCUAAGCAAACCUUUCCACUUUUCAGUUCACUUUUCUCUCCGUUGGCCACCUAGGGAAAGUAGGUAUUUAACCUGGAUCUCCUUUUUUCCCCUCAUUGCACCUUAAAUUCUUAGAGUUAGUAAAACUGUUAAGUUAUAAAAUGAGCAUAUUGUAAUAAUCAGUGUAUUUUAUUAACUGAAACUAAGCUCAUAGACUAACAAGAUACCAAUACAAAUGUACAAUGUUUAGAAAUAUAAAUUAUUAAGCUGAAAAUGAUUUUGCAGGAAAGUUAAUAUGAAAUGGAAUGGCAUUGCAAUGAGACUGCUAGAACAAACAGUGACCUCUAUAUUAGAAAGUUGUCUUUCUUCACAUUUAGUUUUUAUUCCUCUGUUACACCGACAUAAAAAUGUAGCACUCAGCAGAGAACUAUCCCACAAACUGAAGGCAAGUUUAUUUUUCUAAAAUUGUCUCUGAAAACUGCUAUAUAUUAUGGUUAUUUUUAGUCUUUUAUUUGUUACCAGCUCAAUUGCAAUUGUCAGACAUUAGAUAUUACCUGACUCUAUAAAAUUAGCACACAAUAAUAGUUGCUCUCUGACUUGUUUCUGUGUGGUGCUAUAUGAAUCACAGCACUGAGAACUUCUUAAAAUUCACCUAGCUGAAAAAAUUAGAAAAUAGCUUUACUCCAGAAGUAGUCGAUAAAGGAACUGAAAUGCAAAUGGACUUAUUUAUCUCAUAGCAAUGUGGCUUGAUUUUUAAAUCAUAUGUGCAAAAGCUCUGUCAUAAUUAAUAAUUUUCUAAAUAUUUAUUUUAAAAAUUUCUAAUAAGUCAUACAGCUUUUGGAUAGUAGCAAAACCCAAAAACUUCACUAUUAAAAGAGCAGAAGUUGACUGCUGUAUUUAUCUGAGAAAAAAAUAGUUAAGAAAACCAUAAGUAAAUCAGGUCUGAGUUUUAAAAAAAAAAAAAAAAGAAAGAAAAAUACAAUUUCAGUGCAAUGCUGUAAAAUAAACUGUGUAGAAAAAAGCAAUGGGAAAUUCCAGAUACUUCUAUUGUUUGUCAUCCUAGCUGAACUAUAAAUUCCUAGUGUGUACAAUAAUUAUUUGAAAUAAAAAUCCCCAUAUACCAACUACACAUAUUGCUCCCAAAUCUGAUACAUCUACAGUAGUUCCUACAAAGAUAUCAUAAGGUAUUUGAGUUGAUCCUCUGUGCAAUCAUGGUAAAAUGGGAUAGUUAAAAAAUCUGCAACUAUGUGAGAACUGAUAAGUGGAGUCUGUACUUGAGAAUGUAAUGAGAAUUGACACCUAUUUGUGACAUGACUGUAUCAUAGAUUGCCAGCGGCAUGAUAGCAUCACCAUUUCUAGCAGGCAAAGAUGUAUUUUCUGGAGGUGAAAAUGUCAUUUAAACAGUUGAUACCUUUCAAAUAGUCCAAGUUGAAUGCCUUAUACUGUUCUUGCAUUUUCAGAAUAAAUGUACACAACUUGAAAUUCUAGAUAAAGAAAUAAUGCCCCUGUGAUUAUCAAAUCAAAUCAGGCUAUACAUUUGCAACCACAUACACGGUCACCUGUAGAGGAAUUUAAUUUAUAAUGGCAAAGAUUCAUAAUCAACACACUGUGUUGUGUAAUAAUUUGACAUCCUGAAUAUCAGCUCAGUUUAUAUAAAUCAUAAAAAAAAAAAAAAAAAACAAAGAUUACUAACCUGCUUCCAUAUGAGAGGUAAAGAUCUAUGUUCAAGAGACAGGUCAUGCUGACAUCAGAUGGGACGCAACUGACCAGGAGGGGCAAGAAUAUACUGGGCAGCAAGCUGUCUGGAAUAAUCACCAGAGCUUAAAACUAGAUUUGAUUUGGGAAAGGGAUGUACUUCUAAGUGACAGAGAGGGGUCAAGGAAUGCUGUCACAUUAGGAAGCAGCAGGGGAAGACCUCAGAUUUGUCCCAGAGGAAUCUGAGAAGGCUUCUCCAAGAAGACAGUAUUGCCAAUGGACUAAACAAAGUACUUCUACACCAAUGCACACAGCGUGGGAAAUAAGCAGGAGGAGAUGGAAACUGUGGACUGAUUAGAAAACUGUGAAUGGAUUGCUACCACGCAAACAUACUGAAACAAAUCACAAACCAAGAAUACUACUUCGGAGAGCUAUAAGCUUUUCAGAAAGGAUAGGCAAGGCAGGAAGGAUGGGAGACUUGCCCUCUAUGUUAAAUGUGGAUGGACUGCAAAGAGCUGCCCCUGAGAAACAGUCAUGAUCAGAUUGAGAGCUUGUGGGUUAAAAUCAGGGACCGGACCAACAAAGGAUGUCUGGUGCUAGGAGUUUACUACAGGCCAUCAUAUCAAGGGGAGCUUGUUGACAAGUCCUUGUUGUUUCAGUUACAAAAGGCGUUGUGCUAUCAGAAUCUCAUCCUGAUGGGAGAUUUUAGCUACCCAGAUGUCUUCUGUGAAAGUAACGCAGCGGGCUGCAAAUAAUCCAGGAGACUCCUGGAGACCAUUAAGUCCUGGUUCAGGUAUUGGACAGACCAACCAGAGAUGAAGUGUUACCAGACCUGGUGCUCGUUAAUGCAAAGGAGAUCAUCAAAGAGGUUAAGAGUGGAGGCAGUCUGGACUGUAGCAGCCAUACCUUGGUUGAGUUUGUGAUCUCAGAAAGAUGUGCCUGGCAAAGAGCAGAGUCAGGACCCUGAAAUUCAGAAGAGAGAAUGUCUGACUAUAUAAGGAGAUACUGGAUGAGAUCCUCUGGGAAACAGUCUUGCAUGACAUAGGAAUGAAAUAGAGCUGUCAGCCAUCUUUUUUCUGAGAGCACAAGGGCUGUCCAUCUCUUAGCAAAAGAAAUCAAGCAGAGUAGGCAGGAAGGCAGUAUAGCUGAGCAAGAACCUGCUGGUUAAACUGCGGGCUAAGAAGAAAACAUACAAGCAGUGGAAGCAGGAAUGGGUGGCCUGGGAAUAAUACAAGGUUGCUGAUCAGGAAAGACAAGGAACAGAUGGAACUGAACUUAGCGAGAGAUGCGAAAAAUAACAAGGAAUUCUACAGGUACGUUUGUCAGAAGAGACUGGCAAAUGAGAGUGUACUCUCUCUGAUAAAUGAGAAGGGAGAAAUGGAAACAACAGGCAUGGAGAAGGCUGAGGUACUGAAAAAGUUCUUUGCCUCAGUCUUCACUGGUAGUCAGUCUUCCCAUGACUCUCACAUUCCUGAACCUCCAGGUGUGGAUCAGGAGAGAAAAAUCCCUUCCACUGCAAGAAAAGAGGAAGUCCGAGACUGACUCAUGAGAGUGAAUGUAUACAUGCAUCCCAGGGUCCUAAGAAGCUGGCUGAUGUGGUUGCCAAAGCACUCUCCAUCAUACUUGAAAUGUCAUGGCUGUCAGGCAAUGUCCCUUGUGACUGGAAAAAGGAAAAAAACACUUUCAUUUUCAAGAAAGGAAGAAGGAAGGACUGGGGGAACUACAGGCCAGUAAGACUCACAUCUUUGCCUGGAGACCUAGACAGUGGGAUCAAGUGAACUCUCAGUUAGUUUGCUGAUGACACCAAGCUGAGCGGUGCAGCAGAUACAAUAUAAGGAUGGGAUGCCACCCAGAGGGACGUGGACAGGCUUGAAAAAUGAGCCAUGAAAACCAAAUGAGGUUCAAGAAGGCCAAGAAGAAGAUGCUACACACGGGUUGGGGCAGUCCCAGAUAUGUGUACUGGGACUGGGAGAAGAACUCAUUGAGAGCAGCCCUGCAAAGAAGGACUUGGGGUUCCUGAUGGAUGAAAAGGUGGACAUGAACUGGCAGUGUGUGCUGACAGCCCAGAAGGCAACUAUAUCCCAGGCUGAAAAGAGGAAUGGAAAACAGAUGUGUUAUGGCAUUUUCUUAUCUGAAAUUUUAACUAUUUCUUUCUCACCAGUUAUUGAACUUCUCCUCCAGCCUGCUUCAUUUCUAUAUUCCCCUCUAGUCUCAUUCAGUCUGCACCUGUCUCCCAAAUACACUUCCCUUUCUCUCCUGCUGAUUCUAUUUUACUCACACAUUGCUUAGAGUCUCUUACCUAUAAAUUAUGAACUCUUCAAAGUUAUUUGUUUUGUUGGUUUUUUUUCCAUCCAAAGAUUAGUUCUUCCUGUCCAUAUGAUAAAUACAUGCACCUUCACGCCCUCAA